AGAAGUCUUUGAUACCUUCAAUGGCUCCCAGGUACUAGCGGAUUGCUCUUAACAUUGAAUUGGUCUGGUUUUCAAUAAAAUAAUAAACAACUGAUAGAUUAUAUAUGGUGCAACGAAGCCAAAGGAUUGAGUCCAGAGCAAUUUAGUAACUAGUUCUGAACUCCGAUUUGGCCUAGUUUCUGAGAGCUGCAAUGGCUAACACGCCUUCAAUUACUGAAGAGCUCUCCCCUAAACUUUCGCCAGUGAAAAUCUCUACUAUGGAAGAGGUCUCCCCUAAACUUCCACUGCCUACAAAAUACUCCAUUAUGGAAGAGGUAAAAGCUAAUCGUUCACGAGGAUUUUCCAUUAACAAUGACAUCCCUCCAACAACCUUGCAAAAGACUGUUGCAGAGCUUGUAGGAACAUACUUUCUUAUCUUUGCAGGUUGCGGGGCAGCUCUUGUAAACAAAGUUCAAACACUGACUAUUGUUGGAAUAGCAUUAGUCUGGGGCCUAGUUCUGAUGGCAGCAAUUUACGCACUCGGGCAUAUCUCUGGUGCCCAUUUCAAUCCUGCUGUCACACUAGCCUUGGCUACAGCUCGCAAAUUUUCAUGGAAACUUGUACCUAUGUAUCUGUUGUCUCAAUUGCUGGGAGCAACUCUUGCUAGUCUCACCCUCCGGGGAUUGUUUCGUGAUCAAGGUGACAUCCAAGCAACAAUGACCCAGUACACAGAUUCAACUAGUGAUCUUGAAGCCAUUAUAUGGGAAUUCAUAAUCACUUUCCUAUUGAUGUUCAACAUUUGUGCUGUUGCUACUGAUCACAGAGCGACCAAAGAUCUCGCUGGAGUUGCAAUAGGUGCUACAGUGCUGUUUAAUAUCAUUAUAGCUGGGCCAAUCACUGGAGCUUCCAUGAACCCUGCUAGAAGUUUAGGCCCUGCUGUUGUUUCCGGUGUUUACAAAAACCUUUGGGUGUUUAUUGUAGCUCCAAUUCUUGGAGCAAUGACUGCAACUUUGGUGUACAGUAUUCUUCGAGUACCUAAACCAUAUAAGCCUGAGGAGAGCACCGAAAGCAUGUAUAAUGAACUUUACAUUCACCCUGAAGUCUGAUCCAUAGUUAUCCUAUUGUCAUAGAUGGAGAGUUCAUCAUUGGAUUUUUUU